CGUGUUUAUAUGUCACCUGUCUGUCUCCACACACAGGCCUUCAGCCACUGACACGCUGGGUUAAACCCAGGUUUGGAUGUGUUGGCCUGGCUUCUGUCUCCUGGCCCUCCUCCUGGUGACCGGGGCGAGGGAGAGCAGGGCCAGUGUCUCGGACAGCUUCAGAGACUGCAGCCAGUUCUUCUACAUGCGGACCCCGCCGGCUGGCGUCCGGGGGAGAGGGCUGAGGAAGAUCUGCCAACGCUACGCAGCCGAGCCACGCUACGCCACCCUGUACGACGCCAGCCGCCGCCUCCCUCUCUACUCCGCCUACACCUUCAAGAAGUCGGACGGGAAGAAGAGGAUGGACACGCCCUGGAUGUACGAACCUCAGCUAGCGUCCCACAGCGAGGCAGGGGAGAUGAGGGUGCUGCCCCCCAUCGACGACCCCGCCCCCCUGAUAGAGGAGAGCCAGGCCGUUCUGACCGACUUCACGGAUGCCGUGGAGUACGAGCGGGGCCUGCUGAACCCCGACCAGCACCAGUCCAACCCGGAGGACAAGUCCUCCACCUACACCCUCACCAACACCGUCCCCCAGGUCAGUGACUUCCUGGACGCUUCCUGGAGCCCAUACAUGGACGUGCUACGUCGGCGCCUCAACAACUUCUGCCGGGGCACGGCUUUCGUGGUCACCGGGGCGACCGUAUCUGGGGCAACCAUCCGCCGGGGGAGCGAGGACCGGCUGGCCAUCCCCAAGCACCUGUGGCUGGCCUACUGCUGCCCGAGGUUCGACCGGAACUCUCCGUACGAGGUGCGCUUCAUGUUCCCCAGCUACGGGGGCUACGCCCUCAACCAGAAGGAGGGGCACAAGGUGGUAGAGGUGCCUCUGAAGACUCUGGAGAGCUUCCUGAAGACCCAGGCCGACAUGGACAGCGACCUGACCCUCUUCUAUAGGGACUGUGUGUCAGAAAACCCCUUGAAGAAAAAGAGAAGAUCGACUUGAGGUGCGGACAUGCAUUGCUGUGUGCGCGUACGUGUGAUUGCGAUUGGUUAACACUUAAAGUAGCUCUGUGUUAACUUGUGACAGCACUGUGUUUUCACAGGAACACUAGCUACAAAUGAACACUAUGAACUUGAUGAAUAGAACUUUGCAUAAACGUGGUUAGAAAAGUGUUCCGUGAAGCAACAGUAAUGAUAUUUUAAUAAAGCUGAUAGGAAAAGUUACAAGUCAGUAGUUUAUCAGGGCUUAAGUUAUUAUAAUUGUAUGAUUGUCAAUAGUUUAGAGGUGAAAAUGUGGAACAGGACAAAAAAAGACUUAAAACAACACUUAAGUUUUGAGUCCCCAAAAGUAGAACCACAUUUAGUCAUUUAGCAGACACUCUUAUUCAGAAAGAACCAUGCAUCAAUAGCCUGGAAUUGUGCUCUGAAGACACUAAAGACAUUACCCUCCAUCGAACAAAGAUAAAGCUGACUGAAUGAGAUGGGUUUCUUUGCAUCUUUAUCAAAGAGUAGAUAUACUGUCGCUGUAGAGUGUUAUAAUGUCUGGAACAAAGCACCACUCCAGUUUGUGCUGGACAGGAAAUUGCUGCUCUUGUCCAGACUGAGGUAUAUAACUGGGGGAUAUCUGUCAAAUAUCUGUCAACAUUAUGCUGACGAGAGCAAAUGUAGUGUACUCCAUACUGAGUUGCCAAUCUUAAAGAAUCAAAUGUGAUAAGCUAAAAAAGGGUCUGUAUGCUUUAUCUAACAGUCCAUGUGACAGCCCAAUCCCCCA